AUGAGACGCACACGCGCAAGCCUCUAUUCUGAUUCAGUAUUCAAUUGGCUUUUCCUUGAAAUUGACGCGCGUCCGCCCCUGGCACGUGCUCCGACUCGGCGAACUCUCCAGGGAGUCUCCAGGCGCGCCUGGUCUGGAAUCUGGAUCCCCCACUUGCUCUACACCGCCAUGUCCUUCCUCAAGCUUGCCCGCGCAUUCCGCCUCGCUGGUACGCGGCGCUUUGUCUCAAUCGCUGCCAGCCAACCAGUGCGCACGUCUUACCGUGCUCUUGCCCUGGGUACGACCGUUGGCGUCGCAACAUGGCUUGCGUUGACUCCCCACAAAAUCCAUCUGGACAGUCAGGUUCCAGAGAGCAACGUCAAGCAGGCAUCCGCGGAAGACACGACAGUCGAUCCUGCAACGUCCAUUGCGUUCCCGAACGUUAUGCAGAUACAGUCGAAAACGCCUAUCCCUCCAAUGAGUCUUGUAGGUGUCGGCGUUCGAACCGUUUCUUUUAUAGGCCUCAAAGUAUACUCGGUGGGAUUCUACGCGGAUCUGAACAACCCAGCUAUCAAAGUCCCCCUCGACAUGUCCCCGGAGAACAAGGUAAAGUACAUUGUUCGGAACACCUCAUGCGUCGUUCGAAUCAUCCCCACACGCUCAACCAACUUUACUCAUUUGCGAGAUGCUUUUAUGCGCUCCCUUCAGGCUCGCCUCGGUGCCGGAAUUAAGGACGGGUCUAUAACGGAAGCAAUCGCUCAAAGUGUCUCUGGUCCCAUGCGCAAGCUGAAGAGCUUGUUCCCCAAUUCGCCGUUCGCGAAACACACUCCCCUCGAUAUCUACCUUGCCGCACCAGUGCCGGGCAAACCUCGAGCGUUGGUGUUCCGUGACCUGGGUACCAUCGAAGACGACUGGGUCGCAACUGAGCUCGUCCUGAACUACUUCGAAGGAGAAGGCCCUAGUCCACCUCUCAAAGCGACCGUGCUGGAAAAUCUGAAGUCAUUUGAGAAGUGA